CCCGAGCUACACUCGGGAAUACCAUGCGGCGCUGCUCCGGCAUCUGUCAUCUGGGUUCCGUCGCCUGCGAGCGUCGGGACGUACGGGGGAUGGAACGGCGGGAAAUUUGAAAAUGACAAAAAUAUAACAUUCCUGUAUCAAACCAUUUCACAUACAUUUUGUCCCGAGUGCUUUGUCCAGCGCCCUGCCUGCAUUUUGACUGUUCUUUCUGCCUGGAAACUGAGAAACGUCCAUGGCGUCCAAAAAGCGCCCCUUUAGGUCAAAAUCGGUUUUAGACCGGCUAGAGAACAGCGAUAGUAAAUCAGAACCACUUGCAGAAUUG